CAAAUAAACUUGAUCUUGAUGUUCCGGAAACGUUGCAAUUCGUGCAAAGUCGAUCCAAAAACUAUAGAGGUUUUUUUAAAAGCUUAAAUUACAUUUAUUUCCUUUUUUCACGGAAUCUAAUAGCAACUUCCGGUAUUGCUGAAUCAGUUCUACUAUUUCCAUGACCUUUACUUAGAUCAAUACUCAAAUUACUAAGAGGUGGAAAAUAAAAGACAUGCACGUUUUGGCAAAUUCAUAACGUCAUGGAGGGCAGUGGAAAAUCUAAAACGAGUUGUAUACUUCAGCUUGGUGUAUUGCUGAAUUUAGCCCUGACAAUACUGUCUGUCGGGUAUUUGACUUACAGAGUGCAUACUUUGGAUGAACGAAUCGUUCGAUGUGAGCAAAUCAAGAAAACAGAUCCAGACGCUAUUGUACAUAAAAAUCGCUUGCCAAGAGCGGCUAACAAUGGCUCGAGAGAUCCAACUAGUGCUUGUACCAAAUGCAGAGAUCUCUGUACGCAAAUCUUCUCGUCUGGAUCAUCAAAAAAGUUAAAAUCGUCAAAACCAUCAAGUAAACCAGUUUGUGUUAGAGGUCCACCCGGAGCACCGGGUCCACAAGGGCCGAAAGGACCAAGUGGACAAAGGGGACGACGUGGUAAACGAGGGUUGCGAGGAUCUCCUGGAAUACAAGGUCCACCUGGACUACCAGGUCCGAAGGGACCGAGGGGAGUGCCAGGAAGAACGCUCUCUGGAAAAUCUUCAUCGAUUAUCCAUUCACUUGCUCUUCCAAAAAUAACCAAAAGACCUCCAUCUGUUCUUGUUACCAAAGAAGGCGAUAAUGUGGUCAUUCCGUCCAAAGCCUCUGGUUUUCCUAAACCUAAAAUCUCGUGGUACAAAGACAACAAGAAAGUAGACGACCGAUUCUAUGCAACUGGUGCUCUACGAAUAAACAAUGUCAAGUUCGAAGACCAUGGUGUUUACUUAUUGAAAGCAAAGAAUUUCAUUGGUCAAGCAACAGCGAAAAUGAAACUUGUUGUCAAUGUUGCUCCACGAUUUGUGGUUCUGCCUCCACUUUACGUCGCUGGUUAUGAAGACUGGAACACAACCAUCACAUGCAAUAUAUUUGGGUUUCCUUCUCCGCAGAUCGAGUKKACGCGAGCACAGAAAGCCAUGCCUAAAGGACGGCAUGUAAAAUCUGGUAAUCGACUUAUUAUCACGAAUACAAAGAGAGAAGAUAAGGGACCCUACAUGUGCAAGGGAAUCAACAACCAAGGGAGUGUACUAGCUUUGGUAGUGCUUAAUUUUUCUCCUGUCAUUGCUCCCACCAUAGUACAAUCCUCUCCUAAUAAUGUGACCGUGUACAAAACCUUGAACCGCGUCCGUCUGGAGCACCGGGUCCACAAGGGCCGAAAGGACCAAGUGGACAAAGGGGACGACGUGGUAAACGAGGAUUUCGAGGAUCUCCUGGAAUACAAGGUCCACCUGGACUACCAGGUCCGCAAGGACCGAGGGGAGUGCCAGGAAGAGCGCUCUCUGGAAAAUCUUCAUCGAUUAUCCAUUCCCUUGGUGGGUACUUGA